AUGGAUUAAACUAUUGUUAUGAAUAACAACAGCAAUUAUCCUGGUUAGCACAUCAAAGAAGAUUUAUAAAAUUUAGACCUUGACUACAAAUAACCAAGAUUAAACUAAGAUAAUCAAUAUUCAAUAUAUUUCUUGAUUUUUCAAUCAAUUGUUAUCUUUAUAUCUUUUUUGAGUGUUGCUAUUGGUAACUCAAAAUAAUUAGGAUUUCCAUUUGAUUCAAAUGGUAUAUAUAAUGCAUUCUACAUUACGAGGUAAUAUAUGUGGAUAAAGUGUUGGCCUAGAAUAAUACAAAUAUAUAUAUUUUAGUAAUCCUGCAAAUGAUAAAUCUUUAUAUUUAACAGUUUGUGUAAAAGAAUGUCCAAUAUAAGAGAAUGAAAAUGAAGUAGAUGGUUUAAAAAAAUAAAUAUAUAUUAGAGCUGCUUGAGUUAUAAUGUAUGCCAAAUCAAUUAAUUAAAACUUGCUAAAAUAAUCAAUUAAUUGGUGAUAAUGACUUUAGUUUGAUAUAUUAUGAUUCUCUUAAAUUCAUAAAUGUAUGUCUGCCAACAAAGUCAAGCUAUUUCAAAAAUGUUUUAAUUGGAUUAGAAUCUCAUAGAAUCGUUAGGUUUUUUCAAGAUCUUAAGAAUGGUUUUUUAUUAAUAUUAUGCACAUUUCUAUUUUGUACAUUAAUUAAGUAUAAAUAAAUAAUCAUAUGAUAGUUAAAUAGUUUAUAUUUUAUUGAUAAAUUUAUAAUAGAAAACAAUUUGGAUUAUUUAAGUAACAUUAAUAUUGGUGCUAAUUUUAUUAACUUUUAUUUUUAUCAAUUAUUAUAUGUUAUAAUUGAAAUUGUAAUAAUUAAAUAGCAAUUCAAUAAAAUUAACACUUUCAGAAAUGAUUAGCAUAGUAUAAAUUAAUAAUUCAAAUUUCACUAUUAUCUUCUCACCAUUAAUUUUAGGUUUAUUUUUUGCUUUACUUGCAAUAUAUUAUACUUUUGAUUUAAUUUAUAACUAUAAAAAAUAUUAGACCAUUGGAUUAAAGAUUACAAUUGUCAAUUAUUUUUAUGAUUAUAAAUCCCAAGUUUAACAAAACUGCCAUAUUAAUAAGUAAUCAAUUUUUACUUAUUUUUAUUUAAUACCCAUAGCUUUUGGAGUUAUAAUUGCAGUAAUCUUUUUUAUUUGGGUAUUAAUUGCUAAGUAAUUAAAACAAUUAAAAUUAGUAAUAUUUUGACUAUUGGAAAUGUGACAACAUAUAGAUAUCCUUUUAAUACUUUUUAAUUAAAUUUACUUGCUUAUAUAUUUGGAAUUAUUCAUAUAUUAGACCUAUUUCUAAUUCUUUUAGUAAUUUCAGGUAUUAGUAAAUUUCUGAUAAUUGGCAUUAUUUUAGAAUAGUAUAGUUUUUUUAUUAGAGAAAAAUUAAAUAAUUUAAAAUUUAAAAAAGAUAAAUCAAUUAAGAAAAUUCUUUUAUUUUUUCUUUUCAACAAAUUAGGAAUAAUAAUGUUAGGUGAAUUUUUGAUAUUUUUUCUAAAGAUACCAAAAAUGAUAAUUAAGAUAUAUUUAUGGUUAAUUAUGAUCAAAAAUCCAAAUUACAAAGUUUCAAAUCUGGCAUCAAAUAUUUUAUCAAUAAAUGAAAGAGCUUACAUACUAUCAUUUAUAAGACCUGAUGGUUUUUUGUUAAAUGCAAAGUGUUAAUAUUUAUUUGACAAAAAAUUAAUGUAACAAACAUAAAUUUAAUAAUAAUAUGGUAAAUUGUUUACUAAUUCAUGUUGUCUAACUAUCUCAAGUUUAUGCUUGUCAUUUACAUAUUUACUCUUGAUUAUUACUAGAACAACCAUUAUUAUUCAAGAUCCAAUUAACUUUUUAUUGUUUUCAUUCUUAUCUUCCUAUUAUGUAAAUUAUAUUUAAUAUUUAGAUUACAAAAUUCUAUUCUCAAAUUUAUGGAAAUACAAUUGAUAAUCUAACAAUAUUAUUAUAUAGAGAUGUUACAGCUGAUGGUAAAAUUGUGGGAAAAAGCAUUAAAAAACCUAUAAGGCUUCUAAAAGAAACAGAAAUAAAGUUCGAUGAAUGA